GUAACUACAGAGGGCGUGAUUUAGAAACUUGAUCGGCGGCGGCGGCGAGAGAGAGCGAUAAAUAAAUAAAAUAAGAAAAAAUAAUGGCGAGUUUAAUAAAACAAUGUAUAUUCGGUCCUAAAUUGUAUAGAAUACACGCCGGCGCUGUUUCAAAUCAGGGGUACGACUAUGUGCCAAAUUUCACAGAGAAGCAAGCAAACAAUAUUAUAACGUGGAUGAAAGUGUGUUGGUACGUCAUAAAGUACACAUCACCAAUUUCACUGACCUAUAUGUAUAGAAAUGGAUACUUCACUGUUGCUGGCUUGAUCAACAUAGGCCAUUGUACUGGUAUUGCUAUGGUGAUUCUAAUGGGCUCAAUAAUUAUCAGAGGUCUUGGUAGAUACUUGAAUCCAGAAUAUUGUGAUUUCAUUCAGUUUUGGCAAGUUGCGAGAAACAGUAAUUCAUAUGAAAUACGGCAUAAGUUACAAUAUUUUGAUUAUGAGUUCAGUCACUGGCAAGAAGAUUUCAUCGCAAACACAGAUAAACCGCCCCUGAAGCUUAGCCCCAUAACAACAGCCAAACCCAGAAGCUUACUAAGUAGGAUAGUAGGACUGCCAUGCGACUUACUGAGUUACUGUCUGAUACAAACUGUUGGUAGAUGGCUGGUGUACCCUGGCCACACAUUGCUACUCAAUGCUGCCGUUGCACCAUCCCUUCUAGAAGGUAGGAGGAAACUACUAGAGAACAAACAUGGCAUCCGUGCCAAGUUAAUAGCACGAGACGGUAAUGAGAUAGAUACUAUGUUCAUAGAUGCAAGGGGGAUGGCACAUUCACAUGGAGAUAAACUGGUAAUAUGUUGUGAAGGUAACGGAGGCUACUAUGAAGCGGGCUGUAUGUCAGCGCCCCAAGAAGCAAAAUAUUCAAUUCUAGGAUGGAAUCAUCCAGGAUUUGGAGGAAGCACAGGUUAUCCUUUCCCAGAGAAUGAGGCCAAUGCUAUAGAGGUUGUAAUGCAGUAUGCCACAACUGAGCUUGGUUUCCACUUAUCGGAUAUCAUCUUGUACGCCUGGUCUAUUGGUGGUUACUCAGCCUCAAUAGCUGCAAUGAAUUAUCCAAGAGUCCAUGCCUUGAUUCUAGAUGCUACAUUUGAUGACCUUGUCCCACUUGCUACAGCAAAAAUGCCAGAAAUAGCAGAGGGAAUCAUUGUUAGAACAUUAAGAAAAUACAUGAACCUACAGGUGGCUGAUAAUGUAUGCAGGUAUCCAGGUCCAAUUAGACUCAUAAGGAGAACUCAUGACGAGGUGAUUACAACAAGUUUAGUACCAAAUGUAAAGUCUAACAGAGGAAAUAAUUUGCUUAUAGCAUUGCUAAAGUACAGAUAUCCAAACCUUCUAGAUGAAGAAAGUCUCCCUGUUUUAAAUCGGUUUCUUAGUGCUGAAUCGAUAGUUGAUAGACUUAAUGUGUUCACUGAGUAUGAGGUGGAGGACUCAGCAUGUACUAGGGAUCUACAACGGUAUGCUGUAGAACAUUCAACAAUGUACCCCAUGAUGAUAGGUGAAGACUUAAGAGAAGUCACUAAAAUACAGCUGACACUCUUUCUGGCUGGAAAAUACCUAGUCGACUAUGAAGCAAUGCACUGUAAAGAUUUGCCAAGUAGUUACUUUGAAAUGCCUUGGCAGCUUGAGUGAGCCUGGCGUCAUGAGUCUAAUUCAAGUACAGUCGCAUAAAGAGGGCAGAAUUUCUAAAUGUAAUCAUGCCUAAUCCUAGGUUUAAUUUGUAUAUGAUAUUGUUUCCUCAUAAUAUUAUCAUAAGAAGUUGAUUGAAUUUUAUCAUAAAUUAAUUUUAAACAGACAGUUCUUAUGUUUCCUAAGAUAGAUAUGCAAUUUGAAGAAGCUAAAGUGUGUUCAGUGUAUAUUUAAUUGUUGUUUAAUGAUUUGCACAAUCAAAUAAAGCUGGUUAAAUUCUUGUGCUACAAAUCAAAUAGGUUAAAUAGUAGUGUGUUUUGCAGUAUGUUAAAGAUAGUGAAUUUAAAAACAUCAGACAUGCAUUAAUACUGUGAGAACGCAGCGUAAUUUAUUGGAACAUAAAACAUGAGACUGUAAUAUCAUAGUCGCAUCGAUUUCAUGCAAUAUUUGUCUACAUUGUCUUUUAAAAGCAAUUUAAGUUAUUACACAAAAUAAUGGUUAAAAUAUACAUAUGCAACGUUCUCCUAAUUUUUAUACCUUUUAAACGAAUCAUGUACCUAAAAAUUUUUUGUGAGCCUGGUUAAAUAAUAUAAUGAUAACAAAAUCAAAUAAAUAUAGGCCUUAAUACAGUAGAAACCUAUUAAAGGAAUACCUUCAAUCAAUCAUUCAAAUUUUAUUUGUCCAUUGGCUCGGGUAUAAUGAAAAAUUAAUAGAUA